AUGUAUCGGCAGAUCAAGCUGGACAAAAGAGAUCAUCGGUAUCACACGGUUCUUUGGAGGUUCGCACCGCAAGAACAAAUCAGGGAAUACCAGCUUACAACGGUCACAUAUGGGACAGCAUCAGCACCAUAUUUGGCGGUAAGAACGCUGCAACAAUUGGCCAGAGAUGAAGCACAUAACUACCCAAAGGCGGCGUCAGUAACUCUCAGUGACUAUUACGUGGAUGAUGUGUUAACAGGAGCCAACACGAUAGAAGAAGCAAAACUACUGCGGGGAGAGUUAAUGAGCUUACUGAAUGCAGGAGGAUUUACACUGAGAAAAUGGGCCGGAAAUCAUCCAGAUUUAUGGAAAGAAGAUCAGCGAGUACCUGAACCACUAGAAAUCAGAGAGGACGAAGCAAGAACCUCAUUAGGGAUGAGAUGGUUCCCACAACAAGACGUAUUCAGGUUCAGAGUGGAAGUCAGCGACAAGUCCAUGACAAAGCGCAGCAUAAUGUCAGAUAUCGCAAAGAUAUUCGAUCCGCUAGGAUUAGUCAGCCCAGUGACAAUAACAGCAAAAUUAUUAAUUCAAGAGCUAUGGAUGAAGUCAGUCACAUGGGACCAGGAAGUACCGGAAGAUAUAGCGGAAAAGUGGACAAAAUUUCGUAAGGAGGUAGUUCUGUUACAAGAAUUAAAGAUCCCAAGAUGGAUUCAGCACACAGACGAAGAGCUACAGCUACACGGAUUCUGCGAUGCUUCCGAAAAAGCGUAUGGAGCUGCAGUAUACACCAGAUCGAAGGAUGGAGAGGUAACAUUACUCACAUCAAAGACGAAGGUAGCACCAAUCAAGACGAAAAUAACCAUACCUAAAUUGAAGUUGUGCGCGGCAGUUUUAUUAGCAAGACUACUGGAGAAAGCAGCUACAGCUCUGGAGAUCCCAAACAUCACAAUAUAUGCAUGGAGUGAUUCAACUAUAGCGUUAGCAUGGAUAAAAGGAGACCCUAAUCGAUGGAAAUCAUUUGUGACUAAUCGAGUUACAGAGAUAAACAAGCUCGUACCUCACCACCACUGGAAGCACGUUCGCACAGAGGAAAACCCAGCCGACAUCUUAUCACGGGGAUACCCAGCAUCAAAAAUUCAAGCCAACCCAAUCUGGUGGAACGGACCCGAAUGGUUGAAAACAAGCGAAUGGCAGGAGUAUCAAACACCGAAAGUCACAACGGAUCAAGAGAUGAAACGAUGUUUAGUAGCCACAACGUCGUUGAAAGACGAUAGUAUCAUAAGUCGGUUCUCAUCGUUAUCAAGAUUACUAAGGGUAAUAGCCUACUGCAAUAGAUUCAGCAGGGCCUGCAGAAAACAUCCAAGCCAACAGACGUGCGUAAAAGUAGAGGAGCUGGAAAGGUCGAUGAAUCAGCUAAUUGCACUGACGCAAAGGUUGGAGUUUGGGAAAGAAAUAAAAACACUUCAAAGGCAGCAACAGUUGGAAAACAGCAACAAGUUAACAUCACUAAACCCAUUCGUGGAUGGAGAAGGAAUGCUGCGAGUAGGAGGAAGACUGCACAAUUCGAGGUUGGCAUUUAACGAAAAACAUCCCAUAAUACUACCACCAAAACAGCAGUUAACACACCUGGUGAUAGUGGACGCACAUAUCCGGACCUUGCACGGAGGAGUCCAGCUCACAAGCGCAUACUUACGAAGGAAAUAUUGGAUCAUAAAUGGCAAGAAAGCAGUAAAAGCGAUCAUCCACAGCUGUACAACAUGCAUUCGGUACAGGAAGCAAACAAUGCAUCAGUUAAUGGGACAGUUACCUACGGCCAGGGUAACACCAAAUCCACCAUUCACACACACCGGGAUAGAUUAUGCCGGUCCAAUCAGCAUACGAGCCUGGAAAGGAAGAGGUCACAAGGCGUACAAAGGAUACCUAGGUAUAUUCGUCUGUUUGUCAACCAAAGCAAUACAUCUGGAAGCAGUUGGUGACUUGUCGACAGAAACAUUUCUGGCUGCUUUAAGAAGGUUCAUGGCAAGAAGAGGUCAUUGUGCGCACAUAUACUGUGACAACGGGCCGAACUUCGUAGGAGCCAGCAAUUUACUUCAAGCUGAGAUACAGACCGUGAUGGAGGAAGUUGGGAAGAAACAGGAAGGCACACUCGGAAUUAAAUGGCAUUUUAUACCAGCAGCCACACCACAUCAUGGAGGGCUGUGGGAAGCUGGAGUAAAAUCAGUCAAGCAUCACCUACGAAGAGUUAUUGGCGAAGCGAAUCUCACAUACGAAGAGCUUACAACCCAUAUAUAUCAGAUCGAGGCGUGCUUGAACUCGAGACGAUGGGAUGGGAAGGUACGGGUAGUAACGAUCCGCAAACAAGAAGGAAAGAGCAGCAGAAGAAGUGUACAGCAGCUAAUAACAAUCCAGUCAAAUCCAGAACGAGCACAGGAAUCACAGAUGAUGGAGUCACUAUACGCCACCCCAGGUACCAGUCAGUCGUUGCGGCCGGGGCAAAAUGUUCAGUUGUCAACUGUACAUACACCAUUGCGGCCGGCAGAAUGUUCAAUCACAGAUUAA